AGGGCUACCAAAGGACAGUGUUGGCUAACUUCUCAACUUCGCAUAUGUUUUGAACGAACACACGCGGAUUUUUUGUUUGGAUUGGAGUUCUCUUAAAACUCGGAAAAUGACUUCAACCAGCACAAUAGUGAUGCCCGGAGAUCGGAUAGCGGCCAUUGAGGAGUUGGCCAAGAGCAAGCGUGUGAUUUUGGGACCAGGACUGCGGCGACAGGACGAAACAGUGGUGGCCAGCAAGGCGGGACCGCUGCGUCACAAGGAACCCUCUACUUUUUGGGUGGACAACUACCAAAGGCGAUAUAUUCCCGCUCGCGGAGAUCUAGUCCUUGGCAUAGUGCGUUCCAAGGCGGGAGAUCUGUACCGGGUGGACAUCGGAGCAGCGGACACGGCAUCCAUCUCCUAUCUAGCCUUCGAGGCGGCCACCAAAAAGAAUCGUCCGGAUUUGAAUCCCGGCGAUCUGAUCUACGCCAGAGUUUUGAAUGCCAGUGCGGACAUAGAACCGGAAUUGAUUUGCGUCAAUUCCGUGGGCAAACGUGGCAAACUGGGCCUCCUCGCCGAGGGAUUCUUCUUCAAGUGCAGCCUGAAUCUGGGCAGGAUGCUCCUCAGGGAAAACUGCCCUGUCCUGGCGGCUCUGACCCGGGAAUUGCCCUACGAGAUUGCCAUCGGCGUCAACGGGAGAAUCUGGCUGAAGGCCCAUUCCCUGCGAGAAACCAUCGCCCUGGCCAAUGCCAUUGUGGCCCUGGAGCAAGCGGGCUACACGGAAAUCGACAAGAUCUGCGACAAUCUGGGCGACUUCCUGCAGGCUUAGGACUUAAUUCUUAGUUUACUUACAUUGUAUAUUAAAAGAAACUUAAAGCUACCAAAAUGUUUAGGUUGAUUUUUAUAUGCGAGUGUUGGCGCAAAGGUGGAGUGUUGGGUAGACUCAAUUCGUUUACGUAAAUAAAACUAUCAGUGAUGAGCAAACAAAACAGCUUUUAGUCGUAAUGCGACUAUAUAUAUCUCCAUGUUCUAUAUGUAACAUAUUACUUUUUAAUGCAAUUCAAAAGAUUGUUUUAUGAUUGAUUCUUGUAAAGAAAGCAAUAAGGAAGUUAAUAAACAUUGUAUAAGUAAAAAGAA